UUACUUUUGUACUUGGUCGCGAAAAUGAACGAUAGCUUCACAUAUUUUGGACAUUGUUGAAUAAUUAAACAGAUGCUAGUUUUAAUUAAGAGAUUGCAGAUCUUUUAUAAAUGAAAUCAUUUGAGUUUAAAGUGCUAUAUUUAUGGAAAAUAGUAGUUAUUUUGCUCAACUCGAGAGAUACCGGUGUUUAUACUUACGGAAAGCUGCGAUUGUACUGGAUCCGCAUUGUACACGUGUAGCUGGCAUAUGACCGUAAAAUGGCGGCCUCCAUGGUAGACGACGACAAACAAAUAUCGCAUGCAAAAUCGACAUCUUCUAGUUUAAACGGCGACGGGGAUGGAUUUAAAGUUUAUAAAAGAAGAUGGUACAUCUUACUGGUUGUGUUUCUUCUGAACUUGACAAAUGGAAUGAUCUGGAUCACAUUUUCUCCCAUAGCGGAUACAACUGUGCCAUAUUACAAUAUCACACCAUUUCAAGUGAACAUUCUUGUUUUGGUGUUUGCAAUUGCAAGUAUUCCUCUUGGGUUUGUAGCAUCUUGGUUGCUAGACACGCUAGGACUCCGUUUGAGUCUGAUUUUAGCAGCCUGGUUAAAUGGCAUAGGAAGUUUGCUCAGAAAUGUCAGCACAUUUGAGUCCGUACCCCUGGGAUAUCGAUUCACUGUGUGUCUGACAGGUCAGAUAUUGGCAGCCUGUGCUCAGCCAUUCAUAAUGUUUGCUCCAACAAAGCUUGCUGCCCUGUGGUUUGCAGGGGACCAGAGGGCUACAGCCAACAUGAUGGCAUCCAUGGCAAAUCCACUAGGAAUUAUGGUUGCAAAUUUAUUGGCACCAAACAUUGUUCAGCAGCAACAAGAUAUACCAACAUUGUUGUGGAUCAUCACAGCCCCGACCCUUGCCACCCUGCUAAUGGCCACGUUCGGUGUGUGCAGCUCAAUACCCCCUACCCCACCCACCUCCAGUGCAGAGGAGAAGUCAGAGCCGUUCUUUCAAGGACUCAAACAGAUACUGAGGAACCGCCACUACUGGGUGCUCAACUUUGUGUUUGGGGCGGGGCUGGCCCUGUUCACAGCUUUCUCAUCUUUCUUUGACCAGAUGCUGUGUCCCAGGGGCUAUUCUGACACGUAUGCAGGCAUGUGUGGUGCCCUCAUGAUAGGCACAGGGUCAUUAGGGGCGGUGGCGGCAGGCAUCUAUGUGGACCGAACCAAGCGCUUUGAGGAAGUCGUCAAGAUCUGCUGGUGUCUCAGCUGCCUUUUUGGUAUUGGAUUCGUCCAGUUUGCCCGCUUUAGAGACCAGCAUGUGGUUGUUGCAGUCAUGGUAUCCCUGUUUGGAGGAUUUGGGUUCGCCAUCUACCCGAUCUGCAUGGAACUGGCUGUAGAGGUCACGUAUCCAGUCGCAGAGGCCACCAGUGCGGGACUUAUGAUCAUUUCAGGUCAAAUCCAGGGUGUAAUCUACAUGUUAGCUAUGCAGUUCAUGGCGACUGACCUCUCAGAGUACGAACUAAGCCUGGGCACUGGAUGUAGCACCAGUAUUCAGAAGGCCAACGACUUCACUCCACAGGACUGGACAGACCCAGGGCUAUUUGUGAGUGUGGUGGCAACCGUUUCUGCAUUCAUAUUGAUCACGUUCUUCAAGGCAGUGUACAGACGCAUGAACAAGGAGCAACAGAUAGCAGCUGCCCGCAUCAUGAACCAGACAAUAGAAAUCAGACCAGAGGUUCACAUGUGAAUAUGAAGCAGAAGAUUGAAAUCCAUUGAGUCGUUGAUGUAAAACACAAAUUGUGAACCUGACGAUUUAAAAUCAGAUCACUAGUUAAGGCAUGACUAUGGGAAUGGCGAUUUGCAUUGUGUUAGUGAGGUAGGGUCUCAGUUAUAUAAGCGUUGUUCCCCACAUGGUAAUCUCAGGGACAUUUGUGCUUUCCUCAAAGACAUUGCCACAUGUCAUAUCAGCAGUGUCUUUUACUUGUGGUAGACGCUUGUGGACAAAAUGUUGUGUCCCUAUAAGCGCACAACUUGCUAGGCCUCUCAGGUUAGCGAUCUAGAGACUUUCUGCCUUAUGGUUGUAAAGUGUUCUUUUUGUGUUUGCGUUUCUAUUUGUGCCUUAUUGAAUGUGCACGAAAAGGCAGACCAAAUGAGUCGCUUAUUUUAUUGAUUCUUAUAACUAUUUUAAAGUUGAUAGUGUUGUUCAAAAUGAUAUUUAUGUUUUUUAUAUUUUUUAAAUGCAAUUUUUGCAAUCUUUUUUGCCAUACAAAAUAGUGAGCUUUAGCUAAACCUGUUUAAACAGGCUUGAGAAUGUCAAGAAAUGGGUGGCUGAUGUUGAUGGGGGCAUUACAGAAAGUGAUUUGCUUGUUGUAUGUGGACAUGUCCAGAAAUACACUUUUUGUCAGGCAUUGUUUUCUCUUUGUACUGAAUAGAACAUGGUUGUAGUUAUUAUCUUUAUAUAUAAUUGAUGUUUUAUUUCUAAUAACUUUGGAAACCGUGUGUAUGUUUUGUUUUGUAGUGCAUAUGUUCAUUUGUUUAUUGUAAUUCUAGCUAUUGCACGUUAAAUUUAAAGAGCCUGUUGCCUUUAAAGAGCCUGUACUGUUGCCUUUAAAGAGCCUGUACAAAAAUAAUAAAAUGCAUACUGGAAUGUCAUAAGUUCUAAUAGAAGAAAAUUAUACUUGUUUUUAUUAAGAACUAUUAAUUUUUGUUUGAAAUAUGAGUACAUUUAAGCUAGCUUACUUGGUCGAACACUAAACUACGAAUCUGAGGAUAGGAUUGCGGGUUCAAUUCCCAGCCCGACCACAUAACUUGUGUGGCCAUUUGUCAUGAAAUUAUUUAUACGACAAUUGUGUAAAAACUGUGUGAUAGAUUUCCACCAAAUCGUUAUUAUUGGCAGAUUAUAUGCAUGUGUUUGUGUUUUGGUAUGUAAGCUGUCCAUGAGAAUGAAUUCUGAAAUGUUAAUGUUUUUGUUGACUUUGGCUUAAAGAUUCCUCUGUUAUUUAUUGUUGUUUGUUGAUGUUCAUAACCUGGUAAAUAAUUAAUAUGAAAUGGUCAUUUUACAUUUGCAUGUAUAUUUAUGUUUUUCAGUUAACCUGCAUUUUUUCGAAAUAUCUUAGCUGUGUGCUACCAAUUAUUUUCCAAAUCAUGUUCAAUUUACAGACACUAAUGUAUUCAUGAUUGUUCUUCUUAAUUGCUU